UCAAUCUUGGCGCCUGCCCAUUGGCCACCAGCCUUUACCCGCCCACUCUCCCUCUCCGCCCCUAACUUCCCUCUUCCUCCUUCCAUUGGCUCAAGGGCUCUCUUUUCAGACUGAGGCACGCAGCGUUUUGGACGCGGAUUGGCCGAAGGCGGGGCCGGGAGGCGGGUUAAAGACCGGGUUGCCGGCCAGACCACGCGUGCUUGAGAAGGUUCAAUGGCGUGGCAGGGACUGGCGGCCGAGUUUCUACAGGUGCCGGCGGUGACGCGGGCCUACACAGCAGCCUGCGUCCUCACCACCGCUGCGGUGCAACUGGAGCUCCUCAGCCCCUUCCAACUCUACUUCAACCCGCACCUCGUGUUUCGGAAGUUCCAGGUCUGGAGGCUCGUGACCAACUUCCUCUUCUUCGGGCCCCUGGGAUUCAGUUUCUUCUUCAACAUGCUCUUCGUUUUCCGCUACUGCCGCAUGCUGGAAGAGGGGUCCUUCCGCGGCCGCACGGCCGACUUUGUCUUCAUGUUUCUCUUCGGAGGCGUCGUUAUGACCCUGCUGGGACUCCUGGGCAGCCUGUUCUUCCUGGGCCAGGCCCUCGUGGCCAUGCUGGUGUACGUGUGGAGCCGCCGCAGCCCUCGGGUGAGGGUCAACUUCUUCGGCCUGGUCACUUUCCAGGCACCGUUCCUGCCUUGGGCGCUCAUGGGCUUCUCACUGCUGCUGGGCAACUCCAUCCUCGUGGACCUGCUGGGGAUUGCCGUGGGCCACAUCUACUACUUCCUGGAGGAUGUCUUCCCCAACCAGCCUGGAGGCAAGAGGCUCCUGCUGACCCCUGGUUUCCUUGACCAAGAACCCCAAUCCCUAAUCGGAGCUGUUCCUGCCCCACAUGGGCCCCACUUCCAAGGAGCACAGCAGUCUCUGACCCUAGCCCUGCCCUGGCAGCAAGGGACCUGCCAACAGCUGAGGGCGGCCUGUGCCCAUUCUCUUCAGUAAGGCUGGAGCUGCGAGCCAGUUUGCUGCCCUCCUAGAUCUUAUGUCCAUUUUAAAGAAUGGGGACACCUCCAUAUUACAGAUGAGAACACGGGGGACACGAACUCCUUGGAGACAGAGCUGGGAAGGGGCCCCAGGCUGUGUCUCCUCCCUGCACCCUGACAACCCCCAAGAGCUGGCACCAGGCCACAGCGCCUGCUGGGGUGGGGAAAGGGCCCCAGUACUAUGGGCACCACUGGAGCUAGAACAGCCACCUGUACCCAGGCUGGCAACAGCCCAGCAGUGCUCACACAGGACCAGGCCUUCUGCCAGGGACUCCAGAACAGCAAGGCCCCAACUGGCAGCAGCCUGAUCAUCUGGACACAGCAGAAGAGCUCACAGCUCCUUCCUGAAGAUGAGCAAGGGGAGCAGGGCUGUUGCUGAAAGGCAGGAAGCCCCUGCCCUGAGCCCCACAGCCAUUCUUCUCAGCUUUCUGGGUCUGGAAGGAGAACAUGCUGAGAGGACUGAGGUGCUACCAGGAGCCCCAUUCACCCCCAACACCCCAACCUGGGAAUCUGAGGCAGAGGGGAGAGAGGCCUGCCAGCCUAUUCACAUGCCACCUUUGUCCCUCCGGGCCCCAGCCCCACUCCUGGCUCUCAUUAUUUUUAUGCUAAAACUUUAAAGAAAUUGAACAUGA